AAAAUUAUUAUGUUUUUACACCAACCGUCUGGUGAGAAGUAUGAACCCAGAGUGUUUGAAUUUCCCGCUGGCGUAUGAAUACAAGACCGACAUCUGAAGUAGAAACUGGUCGUUUUUUAACAAUGGCGUAAAUACGUUACCUUGUUCAACCGGGUUGCUUGGAAAAACAAUUGCCACCAACAAAUAUAGUACGAUUGGUGUUGCUAAGAAACAGCUGGUAAACAAAAUAUGAACAGAAGUUUGUGAAGAAGAAUGGCGUUUUGGAGAUCCCAGGUUCAAAGGUUUAAACAAGACAUUAGCUGUGCUCCCCCUCCAACGAAGUAUAUGGCAAAGAGCGAUGUUAGAGUGAAGGGAAACGUUUCAUAUGACAAGCAGGUGACUGCACGGUUUCAUACAGGGCGAUGCUGCAGCAAAAACGUAGUUGGAGAAAUGCCCAAGGCAAAGGAAGUGUCUAGCGCGUGUAGAGGUAGCCACGGGAUUCAGAGAGAAAUGAAAACACGUGGUACUAUAUCUUCUGUGUGCAGCAAGGCGCCACAAAGAAUAGAGCAUGUAGUGGAGGAAGAAUUAUGUGAAAAACAGGAGAACAUUAUGGAAGAUUACUCAGGCAUUGAUGAUCUGCUUGAUAGAGUAACGGACUUAACCAGUGAAUAUGUGGUCCCAAUGGAAGAGGACAUCACAAUUAUGGAAUCAGAAAAUAAUGAACAAGAAGCGAGGCUCUGGAAUGAACUGUGGGCUACUCAGGCGCUACAGAAUGCAACUAAUGACCGCAUAAAUGAGGUGAAGGAAAGAUCUGAUUCCUUGUGCACAUUCAUCAGAAUACUUUGGGACGAAGUGCUUGACCUGGAGGCAUUGCUAAAAGACACCAAGAGGAAAAAUAGUUGGUUGCGACAUAUAAUAAGACAGCAGCAGUUGAUGAUGGAACAAGCAGAUUGUGUGAUGUGUCAGCAACGCAAACUCUCGAAAGGACAUGAAGAGGCAAAGCCAGACAAACAGGCUGACCAGGUGAACAAGGAGGUUUCAGUGCAAGCAGAUAAAAUGAAGGAAUUGUACUCAGCAAUAGAUAGAAUGGACUUUCAAGUGAUGAAUUUAAACAAAGAAAUUGAGCAAAUGCAACAGCAGAAAAUUAAAUUUCAAGCACGGUCUGCGUAUCGUGAAGCACAUAUUGCACAGUUGGUGCGUGACCUUCGGGAGAAAUAAGGUUGACUGGCUAUCACACCAACAUGUAGAAUCAGUUGUGAAGAUAAAUGAAAUUGAUUGAUGGUGGUACUGACAAACUUUUGUGUUGAUUGUAAGACGCCUGCAGCAUUACCAGUCUGAAAGACUAGGAAGUUAACAAUUUAGACUUUGAAGAUAACUGUCUUCAAUGAUGGUGCCCCAUGUUGAUGUGUGACACUUCAAAAGCUUACUGUUCCAUCAUCACAGCAGUCAGCCAGACCUAUUUGAGAAUAGGGCGAGGACAGAGAGCAGGAGGGCAGUUGGGAGAAGGGGAAAAGUGUGGUAGAAAUAUACAAUACAGAACUCUUCCUUGCUCUUUGAGUUGGUCUCAGUAGAAUAGCCAGCCUACACAGUGUAGACCUGAUCACAUUUGUUGGUUACACUGUCUGUGGAGGUAUAUGGACUUUAUGUGCCUAAAUAUGGCUGUCUUCUGGGUUGUUGCGCCAUGUAGUCUGGUAGAAGUUUACCUACAUUUCAGAGGUGCUUGCUGCCACCAUCAUCAGGGCGUUAUGAUGGACAGAGACAGAGAGUCCUCGCCCUAUUCCCAAAUUGGUCUGGCUGACUGCUGUGAUGAUGGAACAGUAAGCUUUUGAAGUGUCACACAUCAACAUGGGGCACCAUCAUUGAAGACAGUUAUCUUCAAACCCACCACUGUGAAAAUCUCAAAUCCUAUAUUGAUAUGCCUAGACAGCGGGCUGCUGAUGUAGUUGAAUGUGGUGCUGACAACAGGGAAGGAAAAUGAUGGAGACGGGUUUCCCUGGUGGAUUGAGAACCUGUUGAAUCUGAUGCUGGCUGCAGCCAUUCUGCCUAAAUGAAAGUGGUCCUGAAAAAAUCCAGCUGAUUGUGUAGGUUUUUGUGUGGUAUCACAGAUUCGACUGUAAACUCCAACUCACUCACUUCCAAAUUCCACCACCACCACCACCACCCUUCCAGCAUAUAGGCUGUACUUUCCACAUUGGUGCACAGGGCCAGAUCCUUUUGUGACUGGGGAAAUGUAUAUGAGGAGCUGAAGUUUCUCAGGGACACUUCCAAGCCGAAUGAAUACAGUGACUCAGAGGUCCUGUACCUCUCCGCCCAGGCACCUACAUGGUGUAUAGUGGGACAGCUUUGCUUACUUUUUUUACUGGAAAUCAACUCUGUUAUGACUUGUGGUUUUUGUAAGAGACUGAUUAAGUUUUGAAAAAACUUAAUAAUUAAUUUUUAUGCAUUAUAUUUUUUAUACCUUUGAAGUUUAUGAUAAUUUCGUGUAUUGUUACAUUUAUGUUGGUUCUGAUGGAAUAUGUGUUGUAUGAUAAUGAUCCUUAAGAUGAUCAUUCAAAACAUAAUCACUCCCACUCAAAUUUAAAUCUGAACACUGAAUUUUGGCAGAGACCAGUUAACAUCAACUGAAGUAAGACUUGAGGUUCUCACAGCGGUGAGCGCAACAACCCAGAAGACGGAAAUCUUCAAAUCAACUGAAGUGUUUAAUGUUUCCUUUAGUCUCACCCAGUUGAGUUUUUAGAUGAGAACUCUGAAACACCACAACCAGAUGACAGCUGUAUUCAGGCUCACUGCUGUGAAAACCUUAAAUCCUACAUACCACAACCAAUUCCACAUAUUUUCCAGAUCAUCGUUCGUAACCACCUUGAAAUGUCAUUUGAGGCUGACUGCAUUUUACAUGGAAUUCUUUAGACCCCAAAAAGUACUGACAGAAGCCUAAAUGAGAAAUAAAACUGCAGAUAAAAAUAAAGUAAAAUGUAUUUUUUUGCACAGAGCAGAAUCUAAAGUAUACUUAGGCUUACUUAUAUGUUUGUUCCUAUUCCACUGUCUCCAGAUAUCGGAAGUAAAGCAAGAACUGAAUUCUUA